AUGGGGAAGGAGGACAAUAACUAUGCCAAGCAGCAGCUAAUUGUUGUUAACGACGUGCACAAGCCCAGCUAUGCUAUUCGAACGAAUGUGGCGUCGGUCGCCUUGGGUAGGUACGAUUUCCAAAAGCCUAAGCCGCUCUCUCCGAACAUGCUCAAGCUUUAUGCAAUCAUGGGCAUUGGCUACCUGGUGUCAACCAUGAACGGCUUCGAUAAUUCAAAGACCUUUGGCCUCUACGGAGAGGGAUCCACCACUGGCAUUAUAUUUAUAAUCUACAAACUCGGCCGGAUUGCUGCAUUUCCAUUUUGUGGUUUCUUUGCUGAUGGCUAUGGACGUCGUGUGUGCAUCUUUGUGGGAUGUCUGCUAAUUCUUGUUGGAACAGCUGUGCAAGCUAGUGCCCGCGGAAUGGGCCAGUUCAUUGGUGGGGGGUUCGUGCUCGGGUGUGGAGCAUCCAUUGCUUCCGCUGCUGGACCUGCAUACACGGUAGAGCUUGCUCAUCCGGCAUAUCGGGGAACUAUGGCGAGAAUGUAUAACAGCUUCUGGUGGCUAGGGAAUAUCUUGGCUGGGUGGACCACCUACGGCACAAACCUCCACCUGGAGUCGUCAUCUUGGGCUUGGCGUCUCCCCUCCGUUGUUUUGGCCCUUGUGUUGUUCUUCCCCGAAUCACCUCGCUGGCUAAUUUCGAAAGACCGACACGAAGAAGCUAUCGUAGUCUUGGCAAAGUACCACGGCGAUGACAAUCCCGAAGCACCCAUCGUCCAACUCCAGGUCCGCGAGAUCUGCGAUGACUUCGCUGUCACCCAUAACGAAAAUCCCUGGUGGGACUUCCGCGAGCUUGGAAACACCAAAGCUGCACGAUACCGACUUGCAAUGGUUAUCGCGAUGGCCGUUUAUGGUCAGUGGUCGGGAAAUAACGUUGUUUCGUACUCUAUGCCAGCUAUGAUUAAGAACGCAGAGAUUACGGAUACAAAUAGGCAACUUCUCAUCAACGCCAUCAAUCCCAUUUUCAGUAUGCUUGGUGCGAUCAACGGAGCCACCCUUCUAGAUAAACUUGGGAGACGAAAGAUGUUGAUGGGUGGUCUUAUUGGCGGCCUCUUUUCAUACUGUCUUCUCACUGCCUUCACGGCAACGGCCAAACCGUCGAAUGACCUUGCGUACGGAACUAUUGUGUCUAUCUAUCUCUUUGGGAUUUUCUUCGCCUGGGGCUGGACGCCGCUACAGACUCUGUACGCCAUUGAAUGUCUCGAGAACCCCACACGAGCCAAAGGAUCUAGGCUGAAUUUCCUGUUCUUGAAUGUUGCUAUGGUGAUUAAUACGUAUGGUAUCUCAAUUGGUAUUGAGAAGAUUGGGUGGAAGCUGUAUCUGGUGUAUAUCGCUUGGAUAUGUGUUGAGAUUUCCGCUAUUUACUGGUUCUUUGUGGAGAUAGCUGGUAAAACGCCAGAAGAACUGAGAGAGAUCUUUGAGGCCCCAAAUCCACGUAAAGCGUCUAAUAAGCGCAUUAAAAUAGAGAUGGAUGAGCGGGGACAAGUUCUUCAUGUUGAGGAUCGCGGGGUUUGA